AUGUCUUCGAUGCCGGGCGGUCUCGGUGACGCUGAGAAGUCGAGGACGGCUCUGCAGCACGAAUCUGACACCGACGUCGCGGAGAAGGACGUGAAUGAGAAUGAAGGAAGCGGCGGGAGUGCGACUGCUGGCGAGGCCGAGGAGGAGUACAUCACCGGCGUCAGGCUCUGGCUCGUCCUCGCCGCUCUCACGGCGACGACGUUCCUGAUGCUGCUCGACAUGUCCAUCGUCGUCACCGCCGUCCCGCAAAUCACCACGGCGUUCAACUCCCUCUCCGACGUGGGCUGGUACGGCGCGGCAUACAACCUCACCGGCGCCGCCCUCCAACCCUUCGCGGGAAAACUCUACACCCACAUCCGCUCCAAACGGACCUACCUCGCCUUCCUCUUCCUCUUCGAGCUCGGCUCCCUCGUCUGCGGCCUCGCCACCUCGUCCACCAUGCUCAUCGUCGGCCGCGCCGUCGCGGGCAUGGGCUCCGCGGGCUUGUUCAACGGCGCGCUGACCAUCAUCGGGAACACGGUCCCGCUCGCGCGACGGCCGUUCAUCAUCGGCGUCGUCAUCGGGCUGUCGAACAUGGGGCUCGUGGUCGGGCCGUUGGUCGGGGGCGCGUUGACGGAGUAUUCGACCUGGCGGUGGUGUUUCUACAUCAACCUCCCCAUCGGCGGCCUCGUCGCGAUCCUCCUCGCGCUCAUCCACGUCCCCUCCAAAAUCGCCAACCCCCUCCCCCUGCGCCAACUCCCGCGCCACCUCGACCUCCCCGGCUUCGCCCUCUUCGCGCCCGCCGCCGUCAUGCUCCUCCUCGCGCUGCAGUUCGGCGGGACCUCGCACCCGUGGGACUCGUCCGUGGUGAUCGGCCUCUUCGUCGGCGCGGGCGUGACGGCCCUCCUCUUCCUCCUCUGGGAGCGCCGCGUGGGCGACGGGAGGGCCAUGGUGCCGCUGGGGCUGUUCCGGCGACGGGUGGUCUGGACGAGCGCGCUGGUGGGCGGGGUUAAUAUGAGUACGACGCUCGUGGGGAGUUAUUACCUCCCGAUGUACUUUCAGAGUGUGAAAGGGGAGAGUCCGUUUCGCGGGGGUGUUGAUUAUUUGCCGACUAUCUUGGCGCAGUUGGUUUCUGCUGUUGUUUCGGGGGCUCUUGUCGGCAGGCUGGGAUACUACCUCCCCUGGGUCUUCUUCGGCGCGGGCUUCGCGGCCGUUGGGAGCGGGCUCAUCUCGACGUGGGUUCCGGCGACGGGCGCGGCGAUGUGGAUCGGGUACCAGGUCAUCCUCGGCAUCGGGCGCGGUUCGAGCAUGCAAAUGCACAUCAUCGCGAUCCAAGCAAACCUCCCCGCCGCGAUGCUCUCCGUGUCGAUGGCGACGCUGGUCUUCAUCCAGACCCUCAGCGGCGCCGUAUUCCUCACCUUCGCGGAGCUCAUCUUCUCCUCGGGCCUGGGGCGGAAUCUGGCGAGGUACGCGCCCUCGGUGGACGCCAAGACGGUGCUCGACGCGGGCGGGACGGGGUUUAGAAAGGUUGUCGGGAAAGGGGAGCUGGACGGGGUGGUGAUGGCGUAUGCGAGGAGUAUCGGCGAGGUGUUUUAUCUGUGCGUUGGGCUCUCGGGGUGCGUGUUUUUGUUGGGUUGGGGGAUGGGCUGGGUUGAUAUCCGGGAGAAGAAGGCUGAGAAGAAGGGCAGUGUCUGA